AUGUUGCAUCCGACACGGAUCCCCCCCGUCUUGCCCAGCGUGGGCGUGCAACCAAACUUUAAUCCUACCAAACUUGCUACCCCUCCUCCCUCUUCAGCUACCGUCACGACAAUGAUAGAGAAAAUGAGCCAUCUCCACGAGCUUUUGGGCUCUCUCCAGGCCUUCGUCGCUACCCCAGGCACAGCCAUCUUCGCAGCGACAGCCAUAUGCUCUCUCAUUGCAGCCAUACACGUGUUCCGCGCCUGGUGGCGGCUCCGUCAUAUCCCCGGCCCAUUCCUCAAUUCAAUCACCCCUCUCGUUAUGACAUACCACUGCUUCAAAGAGGACGUCACCACCUACACAUACAAUCUCACGCGAAAGUAUGGCCCUCUCGUUCGUGUCCAGCCCAACGUCGUUGUAUAUAACGAUCCCGAGACGUUUCGUCGCAUCUGCUCGGUCAAGGCAGAUUACACCAAGGGCCUCUGGUUCGAGUUCUCGCGCUGGAAUCUCGAGCGGUAUUCUUGCAUCGCCAUGCGAGAUAAUGAGAGCCGCAAAGAACGCAAGACGAAGCUUUUGCCUGCUGCAAGUGGCCCAACCCCUUUAUCCUGUGGUUCUCCGCUUCUAACAAUGCAACAAAAUCAGUGGGCUGGUCAGGGUUUAUCCGUUAUGGAAGGCCGCGUUGACAACCAGUUCUACACGCUUGACGUCGCGACGAGCGCUACCUUUGGUAAGCCGUUUGGCUUCCUCAAAAAGGAUGGGGAUGUCGAGAAGUACCUGGAGAUUACCGAAUCCAUGACCCCCAUGUUUGGUAUCCUCGGCACGUUGCCCUGGCUUGUCUACGUCAUGCACGCCUGGCCGCUGAACCGGAUGAUGCCCGGGGAGGGCGACAAGGUGGGCUUCGGGCGGAUGAUGAACGUCGCAGGUUCCGAAACCACAUCCGUCGCCCUCCGCAUGGCUCUUCUCUCCAUUCUCACCACCCCUUCGGCAUACCGCAAACUGCAAGCCGAGAUCGACAACUUUCAUGCCGACAAAGCUGCCGAAGCAGACGACAAAAGCGUCAUCACCUACGCCGAUGCCAGAACCUUGCCUUACCUCCAGGCCGUCAUCCGCGAAGCCCUCCGUCUCUGGCCCCCGUCGGCCGGACUCUUCACCAAAGAGGUCCCCAAAGCGGGUGAUAGCAUCCAUGGAUACUACCUCCCACCAGGAACCGAAGUCGGCCAGUGUCUUUCCAGCGUUGGCAAGCUGCCGCGCAUCUGGGGCGCCGACGCUGACCUCUUCUAUCCCGAGCGCUGGCUGGAGGCGACCCCUGAGAAGUUUGAGGAGAUGCAGGCCGCCGUGGAUCUGGUGUUCAGUUCGGGGAAAUAUGUUUGUCUCGGAAAACACAUUGCGUGGAUGGAAUUGCUCAAGUUUUUCGCUGAGGUAAUUGGGUCCCUAGCUUGGGACCCCAUCACCUGGCUCACGACCGACUUUUGGAUUCGAUUCACGCGGCGCGAAUGA